UGCCCCCAUUAGCUCCUCCUCACGUUCCUUUAACCAAGCAAACCAGGUUUUUCUUCAGCCAGCUGUCAAAAUCAGUUCCCUGUAAAGCGGACCUAUUGCCAGAAUAAUUCAGCGCUGAACAGGAUUACAACGAUAGCAGAAACCCUUCAAGAGUGCCGCCCAUCGAGUUGAUGCCGAGGAGUAGCAGUGGAGUCCGGGGGUAGUAGGUAAGAGCCGGACUUUCUGGCCAGGAUGAGGCUGCUCAAGGAACUGAUGCGAAUGGCCACCCAACAUCGCGCCUUCUACUGCUACAUGCUGCUUAGCAUCUGGAUAUUCCUUCUUAUAGCGGGAAUGUAUCGCUACGUGGGCAAUGUUGAGUCGAAUCAAGGAGGUGGCUCAGCUUUUGGACCCAGCUCGUCUGGCACCGUCAGUUCCUUGGGCGGCGAGUCCUUCGCAUCCUCCACUGCCCAGCGAUUCGCCAAAUACAGGGAACGGUGUGCUCCACUGCCUCAGCUCCAGCGUUUGGAUGAUGGCGGCAUCUUGGAGGGUUGGAAGCUUCAGGGAGUGCUCUUGGUCAUCAGGCACGGUGACCGAGGUCCCAUUUCCCAUGUCCGCAGUGCUGGCAUAAAUUGCGGCGUAAGUGGUGGCACAGAUAACCUGGUGAAUAGAUAUCGCAGCUUUUUGUACAAUUCAAGUAGCUCCGCUUCGGGCUCAAAUCACAUGUACUGGAACAAGGUGGGACCUUUUCAUGGGUUUCCCCUGCUCCCCGCCACAGAGCGUGGUUGUCCGCUGGGGCAGCUCACCUACAAGGGCAUUUCGCAGCUUCUUCAUGUGGGCGACAUCAUGCAUCAGGUUUAUGCCCAUCCUCUGGGUCUCUUACUAAAACCGAAUCCUAAUCGUGUUUCAGUGGAAACGACGCCUCACACGCUCCUUAAUUCUGAUGAAGUGGUGGUCUUCACCACUCGCUAUCGUCGCACAUUUCAAUCGGCGCUGGCCAUGUUGUUCUCUUUGCUUCCGGCAGACAAAUGGUUAGCCCUGAAUGUCCGGGAAUCCCACAGCAUGGCUUUCUGUUUCGGGGAAUGUAGUUGUCCCCAGUCAGCUCUUCUCCGAAAGCGAUUGGAGGCCAUGGGCGACAAGCAGCUCCUGAAACGAGGCGAUGUCCUGGAAGUGAUGCAGUGGAUCGGAGGAACCUUAAUUCAACACACGCCAAAUGGCAUUAGUAAUCCCCUCGAGGUCGUGGAUGCCUUGCUGACAGUUCUGUGCCAUGAUGCUCCUCUGCCAUGUCGUAGGAAAAAGCCAGUUCCUACGCCUAAGCCACUGAAAAAGAGCCCUAAUCAAGAGGUGGUGGAUGUGAUCAAUAUAGAUCAGGAUGAAACGGUUGUCAAUCCUUUGCAGGAGGGACAAAACCAGCUGGAACCUGAUUCCCCCGAGGUGGAAAAUGGAAAUCCUUCGGUUCAGGCAGAAGAAUCUCAAGAGGGCUGCGUAGAGCCCGCCCAUGUGGACACCCUAAUGUCAUUUGCGGAUGAGCUAUCCCAACGCUCAGCUGGCCACUCGUACUAUAAGCUAUCCGGAUUGUUACGAUCCUAUGGAAUGAUUCGUCACAUAGUCAGCUAUAUGCUCAAGAUGAUCUCCGGCGAUAGGACAAAGUUAGUGCUAUAUUCUGGGCAUGAUUGCACCAUGCAGUAUCUUACAGCUGCCUUGGGAAUCAUUACCAGUCAAGGUCAAACUAUAGCCUAUGCCUCCAGACUGGCAUUCGAAGUUUAUCGGAGUGAAGCGCAUACAGACUUCUAUUUUCGAGUGGUUUACAAUGGAAAAGAUGUGACGCAACAGAUCGAUUUUUGCGAGGGAGGGAAGAGCCUAAGGGUCACCAGGGAUUCCAGAGGAAACAAAGCCGACCUGUGUCCCAUUGAGAACAUCAUUCGCUUCCUGCACGAGGAUUACUUUAGUCCACUGAAUGCCACCAAUUUUAAAGAAGCUUGUGGAGCUGUCAAUCCCCCAAAAGCUGGGGAAUUCUAGUUGCCCCAGUAAAACUAAAGUCAAAUAUCCCUUUUCAAACUGUGAUAAGUAGUUAAGAUGCCACCCAAAAAAGUAGGAGACCGAUGUCCGAUUUCCUAACCGAAAACGACCGCUUUUUAGCGAUGUUAUCUUUUUACACUUAUUUGGAAUUAAGUUAACGCAUUCAACUUGUUGAUCCACAAAUCGAAAACGAUACAUAUCAAUGGAGCACUUGUUAGCUUUUAAGAACAUACAACCUAAAAAAUAUCAAUUUUAGGGAAACAAUGAAAGGAGAAUACAUCGUAAGCAUAUCAACAUUACAAAGUUAAUUUUAAAACAAGAAUUGGAGAACAACCUUUCCACGAUUUUUAGCAUUUAAUAAUAUUUUCAGAUUUUAAAAUUAAGCCACAUAUCAACUUUUCGAAUACGGAUGAAAAAAUUAUAGAUCUGUAUUAAAAAAUAUAAAAAAUUUAAUGACGUGACAAAACAUUUCCAUUAAAUUAAUAUCUAUACUUUUAAAAUUUAUAUGUAAUUGAAGAAUGGAAUUUAAAACUACAUAUCAAAACAUUCCAAGCAUAAUAUAAAGAAAAACCUUACAGA